GCGUAUCUAUUGCCACAGGCAACCUUUUAGCCAAUAAGACUACGAUACAUUUCCUCGUCACGUGAAGGGGGUGGGACUCAGCAACAUUUGUUAUGGAAGAUGUCACUCGUGAGAGCAGCUUUGAUAACUGCGUCAAAGUCAAAAAUGUUGAGCUUCGCUAGGUCGUCUUCUCUGCUGAACGGCCUCCGUGUGAGCCAGCAGUUACACCGGCUUCCUCAACACCCCACGGCGGGGAUCCAGCGCCUCUUCAGCAGCGCCUCGGCCCAGGAGAAGCCAGUGGUGUCGGGUCCAUCUGAAGAUAAACUACACCUUACAGAGUCAUGCGUUAAGAGAUUAGGGGAGAUCAUGGGGAAGGGCGAAUACCUGAGAAUACACGUGGAGGGAGGAGGCUGCUCCGGCUUCCAGUACAAGUUUUCUGUUGUUAGCGACAGGAGUGAAGAUGACAGAGUGUUUGAGCAGGGAGGAGUCGGCGUUAUCGUGGACCAGGACAGCCUGGAGUUUGUGAAGGGAGCCACGUUGGACUUUGGCCAGGAGCUGAUCCGCUCCAGCUUCCAAGUUCUCAAGAAUCCUCAAGCUGAUCAUGGCUGCUCCUGUGGCAGCUCCUUCUCUGUCAAACUAUGACCACACCUUCCUGUUUCCUGCAUUAAUGACUUCAUACACAGAUUCAGCAACUUCAUCAGGUACACAUCGGGAUGAAUCAACACCUCUCUGACACAGUGACGAAAGAGAUUUAAUCUUAGUGCCAUCAUAUUGGAUUUUCCUUAACAGUAGAUUUGUACCUAAUAAUCUUGUAACUCUGGUUAUGUUCUGAAAUAUCUCUGAUAUUUUGAAUUCACAAUUCAGUUAGCUAAUAAUUUCAUCAGUAAUGAAACUGGUAGAUAAUAUUUCGCUUGCUAUUUUUUUUUAUGUGAAAUGUAUUGAUCUGAAUGAAAGGCAGAGAUACUGACUGAUCAAUCAGAUGGUGACAGUCAACAAUGCUCGCUGACGACAGAGUUCACAACAUUCAACUGUCAAACAAAGGCUCAGUUGAAGUGUUUAUGCAGUGCUUAGAGUUCCCUUUGUAUGUAAAUGAUGUAUAUAGGCCACAUUUAUGAAUAUGAAUUGAUAAGUUAUAUUUGCUUCAACUCAAAUAAAACUGAGUGAAUAUCA